AUGGUCAAAAUAAAAAACUCUGACUUAAACAGUGGUGUUCCCUAUCCUGAUAACCAUAGUGCAAAUUUUGCCAAUGGUGAAUCAUUGUUAACAUUCUAUGGAUACAAAAUAGAUAAGAAAAGAAAAUUUAUAUAUUAUAUUUUUUCUAUCAUAACACUUGGGUUUCUUCCUCUUUUUUGUUAUUGGUAUCCACAAAUUAAAACUUAUCUUAUCUCAAAAAAAUGCAAAAUUUCUAAUGCUGAUCAAAUUUUAAUAGAAGAAAAUAAAAAUUAUAGUGUUAAAAAUGUUAAAAUAAUUCAAUCUGAUAUUCCAUUUGAAAUUCCAUUUAAGGAUACAAUUUUAAAAGUAAAGGAAUUGCAAACAUUUUCUUAUCGCAAAAUAAAUUUUAUAUGGCAUGAAAAAGAAAAAACUUACGUUAGUGUUGCUUCAUUAUGUGAUAAUGUUUAUAUUAAAAAAUUCCAUAAUAUAUUAGAAUUAAAUUCAGGUCUUGAUGAUAGUACUGUUGAAAGUAUUGAAAAACUUUAUGGAAAAAAUGUAAUUGAAGUAAAAGUGACACCACUUUUUUUAAUUGCUUUUAAAGAAUUUUUGUCUCCUUUCUAUAUUUUUCAGGUAUUUUCAGUAGCAAUUUGGUUUUCUGAUGAAUAUGUUUUAUAUGCUAGUAUAAUUGUAUUUAUUUCAAUUAUAUCAAUUUUUACUGAAUCAUGGUCUAUACAAAAAGAACAAAAAAAACUUGCUGAUAUGGUUCAUAAUGAGACAACUGUUGAAGUUAUUAGAAAUAAUGGAAAAAUUAUUACUUUAAAUUCAUCAGAUCUUGUUCCAGGUGAUUUAUUUGUUGUUCCAAAAUAUGAUUAUACUUUACAAUGUGAUGCUAUAUUAAUUAGUGGUUCAUGUAUUAUAAAUGAAUCUAUGCUUACAGGUGAAUCUGUACCAGAAACAAAAGUUCCAUUACCAGAAGAUGAUGAUGAAAAUAAUCCUAUUAAAUAUAAUGGUGAUAUUCAUGGAAAACAUUCAUUAUAUUGUGGUACAACAAUUAUACAAACAAGAUAUAAUGCUAACUCUCCUGCCAAAGCAAUUGUUUUAAGAACAGGAUUUACAACAUUAAAAGGAAAUUUAGUUCGAUCAAUUAUGUACCCAAAACCAAUUGAUUAUACAUUUACAAAAGAUUUAUUAAAAUUUGUUUGUUUUCUUUUAUGUGUUGCAUUACUUGGAUUUACAUAUACAAUUAUUUUAAUGAUUCUUAGAGGUUCAACACCAUCAAAAAUAAUUAUAAGAUCAUUAGAUAUUAUAACUGUUGUUGUACCACCAGCUUUACCUGCUGCAAUGACUAUUGGUAUGAUAAGUGCAGCACAAAGAUUAAAAAAAUCAAAAAUUCAUUGUAUUUCACAGGAGACAAUUAAUACUUGUGGAAUGAUAACAUGUUGUUGUUUUGAUAAAACUGGCACAUUAACUGAAGAUGGACUAGCAUUUAAUGGUGUUCGACCAGUUUUUAUAGAUCAUAUUAAAAAUAAUAAACCAUAUUUUGGUGAGAAAACAACAGAAUAUGUUAAAGGAAAAAUUCCUAUUAAUAGUAGAUUGAUAAGAGCUGUUGCAACAUGUCAUUCAAUUACUAAAAUAAAUGGAGAAUAUGUUGGUGAUCCAGUAGAUGUUCUUAAUUUUAAUGUAACAGGUUUUGAUUUUAAAGAAACUUUUGAUGAUAAUACUGUUAAGGAAAAAACAAGAUUUGAUAUGCUUCAACCAAAUACAUAUUCAGGUAUCUUAGAAACUAAAAAUGGACCAAAAAAUGUAACACUUGCUGUAUUAAGAACAUUACCAUUUUCAUCUGCUCUUCAACGUAUGGGUGUUAUAGUUCAUGAUGAUGAAGAUGAAGAAACAGAAAUUCAUUUUUAUACAAAAGGUUCACCAGAAAUAAUUUCAAGUUUAUGUAUACCAGAAUCAAUUCCAAAUGAUUUUACAGAUAUUGUUAAAGAAUAUACUAAAAAAGGUUAUCGUUUAAUUGCUGUUGCUUAUAAAGAUUUAUCACAUGUUAAUUUUACAAAAGCUCUUAAAAUUUCAAGAAAUGAGAUUGAAAAUAAUUUAAAAAUGUUAGGAAUUAUUGUUAUGGAAAAUAAAAUAAAACCACAAUCACUUCCUGUUAUUGAUGAAUUAAAUAAAGCUGGAAUAAGAACAUUAAUGAUUACUGGUGAUAAUAUUCUUACUGCAAUAAGUGUUGCAAGAGAAUGUCAUAUUUUAAAUAAAGAAAAAAUAUGUUUUACAGUUGAUAUAAUACCAAAUGAAAAAACAAUUAAUGGAAAGACAAAAAUUGUAUUAAAUCAAAAUUCAUUUGAUGAAAAAAUGUUAAUCAGUGAAGAAAGAUUGUCCCAACAUCUUAAAGAUAUUUAUAAUAAAAAAAAAUCAUCUCCAAUUUCAUAUCAAUUAGCAAUUUCUGGUCCAGUUUUUAAUGUUAUUUGUAAUGAAUAUCCUGAAUUAUUACCAAAAAUUAUUUGUACAUGUAAUGUAUUUGCAAGAAUGACUCCAGAUCAAAAACAAUUUCUUAUACAUUCAUUAAUUGAUCAAAGUUAUUAUGUUAUGAUGUGUGGUGAUGGUGCUAAUGAUUGUGGAGCAUUAAAAGCAGCUCAUGCUGGUAUUUCUCUUUCAACAGCUGAAGCAUCAAUUGCAGCACCAUUUACAUCAAAUAUUAAUAAUAUAAGUUGUGUUCCUAGAACAAUUCGUGAAGGUAGAGCUGCUUUAGUUACAUCAUUUGGUAUUUUUAAAUAUAUGGCAGGAUAUUCAUUAACACAAUUUGUCUCAAUAAUGCUUCUUUAUUGGAUUAAUACAAAUUUAACAGAUUUUCAAUUUAUAUUUAUUGAUUUAGGACUUAUUACAUUUUGUGCUAUUGUUUUUGGUUAUACACCAGCUUCUUUAACAAUUGACAAAAAACCACCACCAAAUAGAUUAUUAUCAUUAGCUUCAAUAAUGUCAGUUGUUGGACAGCUAACAAUUGUAGGAAUAUUUCAAUUUAUAGCUUUUAUUUGGGUAUCAAAACAAAGUUGGUUUAUACCAUUUACUAAACCAGUUACUCAUGAUGAUGAUGAAGAUAAAAGAUCAAUGCAAGGAACAGCUAUUUUUAAUGUAUCAGUAUUUCAAUAUAUUGCAUUAGCAAUUUGUUACUCAAAAGGUGCACCAUAUAGACAAAGUAUAGUAAAAAACAAAUUUUUAUGUAUUCUUUUAAUUAUACAAAUUGGAAUUGGUUUAUUCUUAGGUUUACAAGGUAUACCAGAAUUUAGUAAUUUAAUUGAUAUAGAAAUUAUUCCAUAUAUUGCUGAUCGUCUUUUUAUUUUUGGCAUAGCAUUUAUUUCUGUUACAUGUAUGUUUUUGUAUGAAAAAUUUAUAGUUGAACAUUUAAUUUUAAAUAUAAGAGAUAGAAAAAUUAAGAAAAACCAAGUAAAAAAUGGUACAUCAAAAAAAUCAUAUGAAAAAAUAUUAUCAAAAAUUGGAAAUAACAUAGAAUGGUUUGAAAAUGAUAUGUAUAAUAAUAAAAAUUCUUCAAUUGAUAUGACAUCUAUUUCUGAAUAUGAUAUAAAUUCAUUAGCCUCUUCACAUGGUAAACAAAUUUAUGUACACUCAAUGACAAAAAAUGAUUUAAAUUAUGUAAAGAAAGAUGAACAAUUGUCACAAAUUUUGACUGAGUAUUCAAAUAGAAAUAUAGUUAAUAAUUUAGAAACAUCAAAUAAGGAUAAUAUUUUGAUAAAGAAUAAGAAAAAAGAUUAUAUGAUUAUUUCUGAAUAUCAUCAAUCACCAAUUGAAGGUAAUUUUGAUUCUACAACAACAAUUGAACCAUUAACAAUAUUUUAUAAGCAAGCAUCAUCUAAAAAAGAACAUAAAUAUAAUGUAGAAAAUAAUUUUGAUAAAUUAGAUGUAUCAAGUAAAUCUUCAAUAAAUGAAAUAAAUAAUGGGAAAGUAAUUCUUACAAAUGAUUACUUUACUUUUACUACAGAAAAAACAAUAACAACAAUUUCUAAACCAUUUAUAAAAAAUAAUCUUCAACCAAAUAAAAUUUUAUUAUUUAAAAAAAAUGAAAAUAAUAAUUUGAAUAAAAAUAGAAUAAAAUUAUUAACUAAUAAUAAAGAUAUUCAAUUCCCUACAUGGAAUUUUAAAAAAAUAAGUGCUAAAAUAGAAAAGACAUCAAAAAGCAAUUUUUAUAACAAUAACAAUAUUGUAUUAGAAAAAAAUUAUGAAUCAUAUGUAAAAAAUGACUUAAAUUCUAACAAAAACGUAUAUAACAAUUUAUCAUAUAAUAAAAAUUUCAACAAAAAAGAUAAUAAUUUUUUUAGAUAUUUAAAUGUAAAAAUUGAAAAUAUGCGUAAUGAUAUUAAAAAUUAUUCUAAUGAAGAUUCCUCUAAGGAAAUUAAUAUAAAAAAUGAAGAAAAGAAAAUAAAUAAUAAAAAUAUUGAAGAUGUUAAUAAUAGUAAUAAUAUUAAAGAUAUUGAAAAAGAUAAUGAAAAUAAUUUAAAAACGAAUGCAAUUGAGAUUGUAUUUGAUGAUGAAGAAGAAGAUGAUGUUUUAACAAAACUUUUUAAUAGUAAAGAAGAAAAAAAUUUAUCGUAUUCUAUGGAAAAUGCAUCUAUUGGAGAACAUAUAACAAUUGAAGAGGUACAGUAUGAUGAAAAUGAUAUACAAAAAGAUAUUCAAUCAGAAGAUGAAUAUGAUAAUGAUUUUUUAAAAGAAGGUGAACAUUUUGAUUAUAAUGAAACAAUGCUAACAGAAUUUAUAAAUGAUAAUUUAAAAAGAGAUGAUAAUACAUUACGUACAAUAUUAGUUGAUAAAAUGUUAUUAGAAAAAGAUAUUCCUGAUAAUACAGGUGAUUAUUCUGGUUCACAUAUAUAUCCAACUCUUAUAUCACAAAAUUACAAUAAUAAUAGUUUACCAAUUAUGUUUUCAGAUAUACCUGUUUAUGUUAUGGUAUCAUUAGAUAUAUUUGAUAUAUCAAGUUUUAAUAUGCAAUCUAUGGAUUAUUCAGUAGAUUUAUUAAUUAAUAUGAGAUGGUAUGAUAUGAGAUUAAUUCAUAAAAUGAAUAAACCAAUAACUGUUUGUGAAGAAAGAAUAUUAGAAAAAAUUUGGAGACCAGAUCCAUAUAUUGUAAAUGCAAAAAAAUCAUAUUUACAUAAAAUAACUUUUCCAAAUAUUAAAAUGAGAAUAUUUCCUGAUGGAUUAGUAUUAUAUACUAUACAUAUAACUAUUCAAUCAACAUGUAAUAUGAAAUUUUGUAUGUUUCCUCAUGAUCAACAAGAAUGUUAUUUAGAUUUAUCAUCAUUAUCAUAUAGUGAUAGACAAUUAAAAUUUAUAUGGAGCGAUGAACCAUAUUUUUUAGUUAAUCCCUCAACAUUACCAGAAUUUAAAAUAAUAAAUAUAACAGUUAAUGAGUGUUUAUCUCAUGAUAAAUUAAUUACAUCAUCUUGCUUACGUUUAGCAUUUAAAUUAAGAAGAGAUUCUGCUAAAUAUAUUGUUGAAAAGUACAUACCAAGCACUCUUGCAAUGAUGUUUGCAUGGGUUGCUCCUUAUGUACCAUAUAAUUAUGAAGAUGUAAGAAUUGUUACACCUAUAACAAUUUUGUUAGCAUUAGUUCAAAUGCAAAAAGGAGAAGUUGAAACAAGGACAUCUUAUUUGACAUCAUUAGAUAAAUGGUUUGCUGUAAUGAAAGUUUUUAGUGUUAUAUCAUUAAUGGAAAGUUUAGUUGUUUUAAGUUUAGUUAGAAAAUUUAGAGAAUUAAAAAAAAAAGAAAAUAAAGCUAUUAAUGAAUUUGAAAAAGAAAUGAUUAAACUUCAACAAAGACAAGUUAAAAAAUUAUAUAAUACAAUUGAUUUAUAUGCUAGAAUAAUUUCACCAGUUGUCUUCAUUUUAUAUCUUAUAUAUUAUUUACUUUUUAUGGUAACUGGAAAUGAAGAAAAUUGUUAA